AUGUCUAGCAAUCAAAAUGGGCAGGGUAGUGUUCCGCGAUUUAGCAAUAGAAGAUCGACGCCCCCCCAUUGUCCCAAUACCGAUACCGUCGCCCCAGCCUCGGAUAUUCCGGGAUCUAUAAACGAAUCCGAGCACACGCGGGCACCCCAGGGACUCACUAACUCGGACCCAGACUAUACACUCGUCAGAGUCCUUAUUCUCUUUUUUGAAUAUAAUGACUUGAAUAUAAAGCCAGAAACGACCCAAUUCAAAGCCACUUGUGAAAGCCUCGGCUAUAAGGUCACUGUAUAUAAAAUCACAAUGAAGGACUCUUGGAAAUGUCUCAAAGAGAUAUUGGAUGGAUCAUUCCCGAUUCAGGACAGAGAGACUGAGCUCCGCAUCAUCUACUACAAUGGCCACGGGGGGAUCAACCAUAAUUCUUCACUUACGUUGGCUAGGGGGGUUGAUACCCUACAGGACAUCGCCGAAGUGAAUUGGAGGGAUAUCGUCAAAGUGGUAAAUGAGAUGGAAUGCGAUACCCUCGCCAUCCUCGACUGUUGCGAAGCGGGAGCAGGAGCUACUACCACCCUGGCUGAAGAAAACGAACACGUCAUUAAGUAUCGGAAAGAGCUCAUCGGUGCAUGUGGUUGGAGAGCAGAAACAAGUUAUCAUAUGACUCCUACCCUUUGCUCCGUCCUUAGAAGGGGGUUGCCGGAAGUACAAAACUCGAUGUCUACAUCCACUCUCAUCCGAAGGAUGAACAACAGAAUGGUGAGGAUUGGUAAAGCUGCUCCACAGGCUGUUCAUUACCUUCUCAAGAGGAAUGAAAUUGACAAGAUAGUUCUUCCGCGACUGAAAGCUAUUAUACCUCCUGAUGAGUGGAAUAUUUAUGAAUCCAUCCAAGGUAAAAGUCUGAAAGGCUACAAUGCCCUAAUCCUGGGUGGCGACACAGGUAUCGGGAGAUCUGCUGCUAUAACCUUUUCCCGAAAAGGUGCUGAUGUCACUAUUCUUUAUCGUGCCUAUGCGGCGGAUCAAGCGAUGUCUAGAGAUCCAAAGAAUGACGCACAAGCUAUCGUGGAACUAGCAAGGGGGUGUGAAGGUAAUGUAAGACUGUGCCCAUUCAAGAGUGAUGGAAGUUGGGUUACCUCUAUAAAUUCUCUCAAAUCAAAAUCCCGCCGCCAAGCAAACAUGAAAUUUGACAUCCUCGUUAAUAACCUUGGUUAUAAAUUCGAAGAUGACAAUGGAGAAAACAUAUCAAGUGUAGAAAGAUACGACUCGGCUGCCCGUCUGACAUUCCUCGAAGGGAAUGAAGUCGUCGAAAAGGCUUUGCCGCUGAUGAAGCCUAUCAGCAAAAUUAUCAACACGGUAUCGUUAGAGCAGUCCGAUGGACCGUUCUUCAAGAAGGAGUAUCAGACUGCUGCUAGGGUCAUCGAAUAUUUAACAAAGUACCAGGCAAGGCAAGGAGAAUAUACAAAUCACAUUGUUACGGCCAUCCUUCCAGGCGUGGAGUGGCCACCACCCGCCAAGGAUAAGGGGGUGGAGAAUGAGGAGGUGGUACUCUCGCCUUCCCAAAAAGCCGCAGAGGUCUUACGUUGUUUCUUGUGGGUUGCUGGCCCAACGAGGGAAGGUGUUCCCGAGCCAAAAACUGGGAAGACAUUCCACAUCGGCCGCGAGGGGUAA